UAGGCGCGGGCGCCGGCACUUUGGCGGUGUGCAUAAGCGUAGUCCUCCCGCUCCGCUUCAGUCGUUUUGUCUCUACUAAAGUUCAAGUGCUUUGAGAGUGUCCUGCCGAAUUGUGCGCGUAGUCGCCUCCAAGCGUACUGUCUUCAAUAUUUGUGCAGUGUGCGCGUGUAAGUAUAGUUACGACUGCUUUUCUGCACGAAUGCAGCCACGUCUUAAAGAAAAAGGAUCUCCCACUUGUGGCCUUGACAACUGAUGGAAAUGUGAAGCUCAAGAGACGGAGAUAAUCUGCGCCGUGGAGAUGCUCUUAGACGCCUUUUUGUGCAAUUCUCCAGAAAGUGUGACGUGCCAUGUGGGAGCAUUGAUAUUUUGUAGACUCUGCUGGCUUUGGGAGGUCGUACUAUCGCGAAAAGAAAGCUUGUAUCACGGAAAUGCAGGAUACGCGUUGGCUGUUCGCUGCGUUGAAAGAGAAACGGCAGUGAGGAGGCCAUUUAGCUCGGAGGCGACAGCACGUCCGCUCCUGCGCUCUGUACGUACAGUACAUCUCUCGGUAAUGUAGAAGCUACCAUUUCGUCCGUGACUGCCUCUUUUGCACCUUAAUUCGAUCCUCCGUUGAGAGUAGUGCCUGCGUGUGCAGAAAUGGCCAUGGUGCGUCCAUUCAUGCACCUGCUUGUUGCUGCGUGCUCUUUUAUCAUACUGAGUACACAAGUUCAGGGUGAAGUUUACACUGCUCUGGUUGACCUCGAGAAUCUUCUGCACACGGAAGGUGCCAUCGUCCAGACGCUUCAGCGUUACCUGGACGCUGAAGAAAAUAGACUAGAAAAAAUUAAGAAGCUUAGGCAAGAAUUCAGCCAGCUGCACAAGGCUGCCAGCAGAGAUGGUGAUGAGUUCGUCUCCAAUCCUGUCAACGCAUUCCUGCUUGUAAAGAAGCUCACUGCCGAUUGGAAGACUGUCUCAAGACUCAUGUUGAACACGGAAGGAAAGGCAAUGGUGGACAACAUAACACACUCUGGCAACCUGCGCUUCCCAGAUGAGGAGGACCUCACAGGAGCAGCCGUUGCUUUGCUCCGGCUGCAAGACACAUAUCGCUUAGACACAGCAAGUCUGGCAAAGGGCCGCAUCCAAGGUGUUACCAGGCCAUCCCCCGAACUUUCUGCGGGUGAUUGCUUUGAGCUGGGCCGGCAGUCAUAUAACAAUGAAGACCACUACCAUACAGUAUUGUGGAUGCAAGAGGCACUUGACAGGGUUGAUGAAGAAGUGGACAAAACAGCUGACAGAACAGAAAUUUUGGAGUACCUGGCCUUCUCUACUUUUCAGCAAGGAAAUGUUCAUCAUGCACUUAAGCUGACAAACGACUUGCUCGCUGCGGUUCCGGACCAUCCUCGUGCUCCGGGGAACAAGCGGUACUAUGAGGAUACUUUGGCAAAACGGGAGCAGUACAAACGAGGAGAUGACGGUGAUGUCUCUGAAGAUGAUAGCAUUACUUUGAAGAAGAGGUCACCACUUCCAGAUGCUGACUCUGAACGUGGCAUCUAUGAAAGGCUUUGCCGAGGAGAAAAGUUUCCACCAUUAUACCAUGACCGGGAGCUGACAUGCCAGUACCGUACGAACAACCGGCCAUAUCUGUUGCUACAGCCAGCCAAAGAAGAAGUGAUGUUCCCGAAGCCACGAAUUGUUGUUUACCAUAACGUUUUGUCUGAGCAUGAAAUGAAUGUCAUCAAGACACUUGCACAACCACGGCUGAGGAGGGCGACAGUGCAGAACUACAAGUCUGGAGAGCUGGAAACUGCCAGCUACCGUAUUAGCAAGAGUGCCUGGCUGAAAAAUGAAGAGCAUGGUGUGAUAGCCCGUGUCACCCGAAGAAUAGAAGACAUCACUGGGCUGACUGCAGAUACUGCUGAGGAGCUUCAGGUGGUCAACUAUGGAAUAGGUGGCCAUUAUGAGCCCCAUUUCGAUUUUGCCAGGCGAGAAGAAAAGAAUGCUUUCCAAAGCCUCGGGACAGGGAACAGGAUUGCCACGUGGCUCAACUAUAAAAAAGGCAAGCAAAAACUACCACCGCACUUGUCAAAUGGCAACCGGGUUUCCACGUGGCUUAACUAUAUGAGUGAUGUGUCUGCUGGUGGUGCAACAGUCUUUCCUCAGCUGAGGUUGACCCUUUGGCCAGAAAAGGGUGCUGCUGCUUUCUGGUACAACCUGCAUCGUAGUGGUGAGGGGGACAUGCUGACUCGGCAUGCUGCCUGCCCAGUCCUUGCUGGCUCGAAAUGGGUCUCAAACAAAUGGUUCCAUGAAAGAGGCCAAGAGUUCCUCAGGCCGUGUGGCACACGCAUCAACCAGUGACGAGUGACAAAAGCCCAAGUGUAGCGGUGGCAGUGCAGUUAUGUGGAGCACUGACCUGAGCACUGCCCCAGCCAGGCUGCAUGAAGCCAGCGCGAGACAAGCUAAGCACUUACUCCUCUUAGGGAACAAUGUACAACUCUGUGCCUUUACAGUUCAACAUCGUCUCCUAUACCAUCAAAACCCACAUAUAUUCUUGACAUUGUGCAACACAUGCAGCUUUUGCUAUUCAGUUUUGUAGUGUUUCUUUUGUCAGGCCUUUAGCUUACAAUUUGCAUUGUUUUUUGUCAUUGAAAUUUAUUGUGCAGGCCACAAUAUCAUGAACAAUAAGGUCACAUGUGAACAAAAUGUUUAUCUUUGUAUUUAUGUUUUUUGGAAACUGAAUCCCCAUGUGUAAUUUCAUUUAUGCUAUAAGCUCUGUCAAGAGAUGAUACAGUCAAGACUUAGAAAGGAGUGCGAGCUUUUGCUGUGCCAUUUUUGCGAAUAGGCCUUGUAUUGUUUUGUAGUCCUCACAAUAAGCUUUUAUGCCAGAAUAUGUUCUUGUACAAAGGAGGACAGCUAUUUUAGUCCCUUUCAUCUGUUACUUGCUGUUUUUUUUUUUUUUAAGUUACAAACUACUUUAGAAUCUCAGUUAUCCAAACUCUGUUGCAUCAAAUUUUGAGUGCGACUGAGAAGGAAUGCUUAAAUGGACCCUGUAACACAGCUAUUUGCCUUUCUCUGCAUUACAGACCAUUGCAAACUUUUCCCAUCUCUUUCACGUCAUUAUGCACAGAAAUGCAUCAUUGAGCAUGCAAGCUACCAUUGGUAGGUUUGCUUAAACAGGAGAGCAGGGUGCAUUCGCUGGUAGAGCAGUGAAAAAAUCAAACAAAGGAACAUGUAGCAUGACUUUGCAUGACUGGCUGAGGAUCCCGGUCAUAGUAUGUGCUGCAUUGGGCCCAAUAGUGAGUGUUUGCAAUGAUAAACUGAAGCAGCCAGAAAGUGAAGCAACAGUUGCAUCAACGCAAGUUGUUGCACAGCCACCCUCAAAUAUAACACGUGAUUUUUAAAUAUGUGGUUAAUCCAGCAGUAAAGUCAGGUUAAAUAUUCCUAUAAGGGUGUAGCAAAGUAAAACUUUGAUGAAAUAGCAUCUAGAUCCUAGCAAUUACUGAAAUGUCAAUGUGACGGUUCCAACAGCUAGGGACGUGUUGUCCUGUGCUUUUUUUUUUUUCUUUCUUUUUUUUUUUUAAUAAGGUGCUCCCGUCUCUACGUGCUGCAACCAUCACACUGUCAUCAUGCACCAACAGGCCCAGAAAACCACCUUACUCAAUUAUUAAAAUGUAUUCAUGCUGUGAUUCAUAGCAUGCAAGGCAGUCUAGCUGCAGCAUUCAAGGCUGUGUAUAGCUGGUGCAUGUCACUGUUUGAUGGCACUGAACCUAUCAAUGAUCACAAUGUUCCAAUACGUAGCUUGCACUUGAUGUCAGCUUCGGUCAUGCAUCCUCCAUUGCCGAGCUCAUUUGUCGUUGUGCCAGUGCUCUUCGUGGUACUAUGCAGCAUAUCAUGUGCACUGUGUACCUUUCCUUGUGGUUAUGUGUUAAUGACAUGACGAAGGAGGAUUCUUCAGGACUGUGUCCUGCAUGCUUUGAUGAACUUGUGGGCCUGACGCAUGCUUGGUACAGAGAGGAAAUUGUCAUAUGUUACAAGAUCUACCUAUUAGCCUCGAGGACCACCACAGGAGAGACCGGCGCUGCUAUCGUGAUGACGUAGAAUGUGACAUCUUGUGACUCGCGUUCGUGCCUUUGCCACAGCCAACGCAGCUCGCUGGCUGGGCGAUUGAAGCCUUAAUCCUAUGGUUAUUGAUAACAUGUUUCAUUCCCAAGGCAGCAAUUUAGUUGGCGACUCUGACAGCAUGAUUCGCUGCUUGGUGCCGCAGUGCCAGACAUAUUUAACCGAGGGCGGUGUGAGUUUUCACGCGUAACCCAAAACAAAACGGUAGCGAAAUGCAUGGCCGCUAAAGUCACUGAAAACGAAAUAAUAUGGUGAUCAUUAGAGUUAAGCAAGCGAUGCACACAGGGCUUCUAGUGUGGUCACUUAUCACAUCAGUCAAAAUACUUGGUGCAGAGAUGCAUGUGACUUGCAUGCUCGCACACGGCGGAAGCGUGGAUUGAGGCGACAAAAAUAUAAGCGGUUGAAAUUCCAUGUAUUAUAUAGACCGGUGAUAAAUCAUCGUCUUGCAAUAAUUCUGGCAAAAGUGACAAGCUGCCCUCCCCACGACUAAUGCUGUGAACAGUACUGUUAUUGUGGCAAAAGUGCGUAUACAGUUGAACCCGGAUAAAUUGAACCCACAUAUAAUGAAUUAUUAUGUAUAAUGAACAGCAGUAAAAUUCCCUUGAAAAUGUUUGUAUAAAAUUUUUAUUUUAUAUAUCGAAUUACCUAUAUAUCAAACUUUUUUGUGAUUCCUUUCAGAUUUGAUAUAUCCGGGUUCGACUGUAGUUCCUUUUAUAAAAGAUCAUGCGAACUGAAUAGCCAAUAUGAUAGCAUCAGGUUGCCUGCUCACUAAAAAUCUUUGCUGCCCUACACACCAGACUGGGAUGUACCCGCUAGGUUGUUUUGCAGCCAAGACGCCAAACAUGCAACGCUUAAAAUAUGCAAACACUCGGAAUUAGCCGUGGCUGAAUCGCUGUGUAUGCCGAGCACUUUGCAGCUGGAGUCAAUGUAAUGUCACUUUCUACGUCCCAGAGAGAUUCCAGCGGAUGACGCCACGGUAUGUCCUCGAGGCCAAUAUCAACUCUCAGGUGCUACAAUCUUGUGGGACCGACACAGGCUCAGUACAGAGAUAAAAUUGCCAUGUGUGACGGCGUCAAUCCAUAUCAACUACCAGGUGCUAUGGAGCCUACUGCCAGGUGUCAUGCUGGUAAUGUUAUAAAUUGUCAAACGGUUAUGUUUGUUAUGUUAUUUGCUUGUUGUCUACCAGUUACGCCUGCUGAUAUGAACAUUGUUUAGUGUUUUCAAGUUCUUUCUGUUGAUCCGCACAAGGCAUGUGCCUUGCUGCUUCUCGGAAGCACCUUAGUGUGGUCACACUGGCUUGUUAUCAUCUUCAGCAAACCUUACAUGCUUGGUCUCUUUUCAUUUGACUUGCAUUUGCUGCUCAUUUGGCCGCCAAAUAUUGUACAAAUCGCUAUUGCAAUGGUUUUGACGGGGAAUGCGAAAGUCACAGAACUCAAUCCUGUGAGGAUGUCAGCAGUUUGUCAACUGCAAUAUGCUCGAUGUUGGCGGCGCCAUAUCCCACAGUUCUACACAACAACGUGCAUGUAACCUAUGCAUACAGUAUAACCUCGUUGAUGCAUUUCUAUUUGCUUUCCCAGCUCUUACACUCUCAAACACCAGUCCUGUUUAGUUCCCAUAAAUUCAUGUAUUAGCUUCCCAUUUGUUACGUUUCUCUUUCCGGUUGUAUCUUCCAAAAACUACCACCAAGGCAACAUAGUUCAUCAGCAGUGCCUACAUUAAGCAUGCUAUGGCAUGAAUAGGAGCCCAUGUCACCUAUAAUGAAUACGCACACAUCCUCCGAUGACAGUGGUGAGACAUUGGAACCACUGAGUAUGUUGGACAUUGUUGCCGAUCUCAAUUUUUUUUUAUCCCAUUUAAACUGAAACCACUGAACCCUGUAUAGUACAGUAUCAUAAAAUGAGCUAAAGCAAUGUGCUAAUGGAUUCUUUCUGUUUACUUCCUCAUUGCUCAUGCUUAAGAACUGCUCAGUCAGAGAUAAUACAGUAGACAUUUGAAUACCCAGCUUUACCUUUGGUAGGCAUUCAUAACGCCAAUGUCUUUAGGACAACAGUGCAAAUAGCAAUGGUCCUGCAUUGAUAUGUUGUCACUGACAAUAUUUACACCCAGCCAAAACUCAAGCUGGCAUUUAGGUCAGAUUUUUUUUUUCUUUUAUGUAAUUCUCUUAUUGCUCAAGUUUGUAUCAGGAGAUUCUGCUGUAGUUACCUACCUGCUGUCAUAAGAAGUUUGUAGCUAUUCUAUUGCACUAGCUAUUCCCUUUAGUUCAAGGCAUUUAUUUCCAUGCAUACUUUUUUUUAUAUUUGCUGCAUUUAUGUCAGAGAAAUCUUAAGCAGCUUGUUUGUUUUGUUUUUUUUCUUCUUCACUCCAGAAAACACAGAAACA